GCCAAGAUUCCACUUCCGCUGCUUCUCGCGUGCCUGAAGUGAAGUGCUGAGAGAAACGAGGCAGAGCGUUUGCCCUGCUUGGCAGCUGCUAUGAAACCGAGGAGAAAUAAAAAAAGAGUUCCAAGUUUUCGAAAGAUAUUGAAAACAAGUAAAAUAAAACUUGAAAACAAGUUAAAAAACAAGCAGCUCAAACAGCAAAGUGCUGUCAAGAAAUACCGAAAAGAACAAAGGAAACUCAGACAAGCUGUAAAAGAUGCUGUAUCUCGGAGGCCAGUGCCUUUGGAAGAUCACAAAAAACCUCCAAAGAGGUUGGAGAAAGAGGAAGAGGAAGAAGCACUCCCUCUAGAUAUGAUGGAUGAAGAUGAUAUGAAAUUAAUGGAAGAGUUUGCUCAAACGGCAUCUUUUAUAACAAGGGACUUGUCUUCCAAUGAACCAGUUCACGCCAAGAAACGCAAGAAUGAAAGUGUGAUUGAGAAAUAUGAGAAGAUGCCAAGACGCCUGAAGUCUGAGCCUGAAAAGGAACUGAUUCAUCUGCUUCCAAUCAAAGAUAAGCAUGGAAUUAUUCCACAGACCAUAGAAAAGCCAGUUAUAAGUACUGAAGAGGAAACAGAAGAGAAAGAAGAAGUAGUUGAAGAAAAAGAAGUGAUAGAAGCCCUUGAAGAUCCCUUAUCUGGUCUUACUGUUGAAGAACUAUUAGUUCAUCGGAAAAAAAAGCUACAGGAGAAGAAGAUGCAAAUAGCUGCUUUAGCAUCUGCAAUUUUGUCUGAUCCAGAAAAUAAUAUAAGGAAACUGAAAGAGCUGCGUGCAAUGUUGAUGGAACAAGAUCCCAACGUGGCAGUAAUUGUGCGAAAAUUGGUGAUGAUUUCUUUGAUGGAGCUCUUCAAAGAUAUUACUCCAUCCUACAAAAUCAGGCCUUUGACUGAAAGAGAGAAAAACACAAAGGUUAAAAAAGAAACUCAGAAAUUGAGAGAAUUUGAAGAAGGCCUUGUGAGCCAAUACAAGUUUUAUUUAGAAAAUCUGGAACAAUGUAUAAAAGAUUGGAAGCAGAGGAAGCUGAAGAAGAGUAACGUGAUUUCAAUAAAGGCCUACAGAGGCCUUGCCGAAAUUGCUGUGAAGUGCCUUUGUGAACUCCUGGUGGCCCUGCCUCACUUUAACUUCCACAAUAACAUCAUUGUACUAGUGGUACCACUUAUGAACGAUGCUUCAAAAAAGAUUUCUGAACUGUGUUGUGAUGCGGUAAGAAGCCUCUUCAAGCAAGAUAAGUUGGGUGUUGCUUCACUUGGUGUGGUGAAGGUCAUUUCUGGCCUGGUGAAAAGUCGGAAUUAUGACGUCAGGCCUGAGGUUUUAAUGGCACUACUUCAUCUCAGAAUUAAAGAAGUGGAAGUAAAAAAAGAUGCAGAAGACAUUACACCAAAGAAAAAAUUCAUGACCUACAAAGACAAAAGGAAAAAUCUAUCCAGAAUGCAAAGAAAGUGGAAGAAAGCAGAAGAAAAACUGGAGCGAGAACUGUUGGAAGCUGAAGCCUCUGAAAAUACAGAGAAAAAAUUGAAACUGCAUACAGAAACGUUGGAUAUUGUAUUUUUGACUUAUUUCCGAAUCUUGAAAAAAGCUCAGAAAUCUCCUCUUGUGCCUGCUGUGCUGGAAGGUCUUGCAAAAUUUGCCCAUCUCAUAAACUUGGAAUUUUUUGAUGAUCUUCUGAUGGUCCUCCAUUCCCUUAUUGUGUCUGAGGUGUUAAACCAUAGAGAGAGCCUGCACUGUAUCCUCUCAGCAUUUCACAUUUUGUCUGGGCAAGGUGAUGUCCUUAAUAUUGAUCCCUUGAAGUUCUACACUCAUCUUUACAAGACAUUAUUUAAAAUACACGCAGGAGCUACAAAUGAAGAUGCAGAAAUAGUGUUACAGUGUCUGGAUAUGAUGCUCACCAAGCGUAGAAAACAGGUGACCCAGCAGAGGGCGCUUGCUUUCAUUAAGCGUCUUUCCACCAUGGCACUCCAGGUCCUUCCGAACUCCAGUAUUGGAAUCUUGGCAACCAACAGAACAUUAAUGUAUAUUUUCCCCAAAACGGACCUUCUUUUAGACAAUGAAUCGCAAGGGAGUGGUGUUUAUCUGCCCGAACUGGAUCAGCCAGAAUACUGUAAUGCUCAGAACUCAGCCCUCUGGGAGUUGCAUUCCCUCUUGAGACAUUAUCAUCCAGUUGUUCAGAAAUUCGCAGCUCAUCUUCUGGCAGGAGCUCCAGCUGAAGGAUCAGAAGCUCUUGGGCAUGAGCUUGGCCGGAGGUCACCUACUGAACUUUUUGAGGCCUACAGUAUGAAAGAUAUGACUUUUGAUCCUUCUAUUCCAUCAGUUGCACGUAGGAAAAAGAGUAAAUUUUUACAAGGUGAUUUAUUUCUGAAUGAGAACGUGACUAAAUUGAUUAAAUUUCAUCUUGAAAAGCCUGGUUUACAAGUACCCCUGGAUUUUGCUGAAGACAUAAAGAAAUUUCCAGCAUCAUAACUAUAUUAUAGGCUUAUUCAGCCUGUUUGAAAAUACUAGACCUAUGAAAAAGUGACCUGUUCCAUUGAACCUUAAUUAUUCAGAAUACAGAAGCAUGAUAGAAGAGUGUUUUUGUAAUUCCUAGAAUAUUUAAAGUAAAUUCUUUAAAAAUUCAGAAAUGAUGACUUCACACUGACGGCUAAAGUUAGGAAUUUCUAAUUUAUUCAAACUUGCAUUUGUAAAACCAAUUGUAUAGUAUUCUCAGUGCAAAAUAAUGCCUUUUUCCAUAACUGUAUAAACAUGGUUGAUUCCUAGAAUUUUUUAAUUAUAAAUACAGAAAUUUCUUUUUCAAAAAAAA